UGACGCUGUGUUUGUUGGUGUAUAGUAUACUUGGUGCCCUCAUGUUCCAGGCCUUAGAAAGUCCAUAUGAAGAGAAGUAUCACAACAACCUCACGAAUAUAAGGCAAGAAUUAGCAAGAAGUAUACACAGAGCGAUUGAAAAUACUGAUUCAGUAAAGAAUAGCCCUGACCUUCUAGAGUCAAUCAAGAAGGAUCUAGCAGCCUAUGAAGAAAGCUUCGCAGAGUAUUUGAAGCACGUCAACACUAACAACAAAACCUGGACAUUUUGGAAUGCAAUGUUUUACGCGGGAACUAUAUAUACCACUAUAGGUUAUGGUCAUAUAGCACCGAAAACAACAUAUGGCCGUGUUGCUACGAUAGUAUAUGCAAUAAUCGGAAUACCUUUGUUCCUUAUUGUAUUAGCAGACUUUGGCAAACUCUUCACAAGAAUAAUAAAGUUUUUCUGGGCUUUUAUUCGUCGGUUCUAUUACACAAGGAGCUGUAGAAGAGUCAGAAGGACGGUACCCGUUCAGGAAGUAAUGAAAGGGCUGAACAUUGUUUAUGAUGUUGUUCGGAGACCAUCUCAGAUAUUCUCCGAAGAAGACAUAGAAGAUGCUCCUGAUGGCAGUCAUCCGCCAAAAUUAGAUAGAAAGCCGAGUGAUGUUCCUCCACCCUUACCUCCAAAGCCUGGGACACAAGUCACAAACAAGUCUUCCGAAAAUGAUAUCGAUCCUGAUACACCAGCACCAUCAGUUUUCGAAAUUGAUGACGAAUUCAAUGUUCCUAUAUCAGUAGCAUUAACCAUUCUUGUUAUUUAUAUAAUCAUAGGAGCAGUAGGCUACAGUAUUUGGGAGACGUGGAAUUUCUUUGAGUCAUUUUAUUUUGUUUUUGUAUCAAUGUCAACCAUUGGCUUAGGGGAUUUGGUCCCAGACCAUCCAAUGUUUAUGAUGGCUUCCAUAUUGUAUUUAGUAUUUGGUCUAGCUUUAACAUCUAUGUGCAUAAACGUUGUACAACUUAAAUUAUCUGAUACGUUUAAACAAGCAAGUGCUAAAUUAGGUGCUACUAUUGGUCUGAAAGUAGCAGAGGAAGAUGGUAGCCUAGUUCCAGUCACUCCACCACCUAUAGAAAUACCACCAAUUCAUAAAGGAAAGAGUGAUCAAGAAGAAAAUAAUGUUAAAGAUGAUGCUAAAAACAGAUAAAUCUAGGAAUGUUAACUAUAAGAUUUUUUAUGAAGUUUUUGAUAUUAUAUUGUAUGGUAAAUGUACUAUAACUGUUUUACUAAGUCAUUAGAUAGUUGCUUGUAGACUUAAGCUGGACCAGUAUUUAAAUUAGUUAAAAAGUUCAAAAAUUUACACAAAAUUAGGUUACACUGACGUUUUUAUAAUAAUUAUAAUGUGAACGUAUGAUUUAUGCAGAAAAAGAAGAUGAGUUCAAAUAAUGAUAAAUUAAAUCAGCAAAUUAUACAUGUAACCAAAAUAUAAUUGAUUGAUUUUAUGUAGUGCUAGAUAUGUUCAUAUAUUUAAAUCGAAUUGCGAUUGAAGUCUUCCAUCUACUCUGUUUAACGGUGUUUUUGUUAUGAAAUGUGUAAAAUAAAUCGUUACAAAAUAAAA